UGGUAGGAGCGCUUUUAGUGACGGAACUAAAGCUGGUGGAUUGUAAACAGAGAAUCAGGAAGCCUUUCUGUUUAGGAGCAUGGUGUGGAUAUACAGAGCAACCCAAAAGUUCUGCUUCCUUUUCUGCAACUUGCAUACAGCAGCAAAGACUAACUGCUUUUGACAGGGUUGUUCUGGAUCCCAUAAUCCAGUUAGACUCAAUUAAUGAUAAAAUCAAAGGACAUGGAGGACCACUGUGCGUUCAGCUUUGGUGAAGAUCUCCUCGCCGCUGACAUGCAACAGAGCCUGGUGCUGAUUUGUCUGCUCAAAUGUUAUGAGGAGCUAAAACCACAGUAAUGGUUCAGUUACGCCAUUCCAUUAAUCUUCAUCUUCAUCAGUACUGCAAAGAUCUUUUUUUUUUUUUUUUCCCCUUUCCUUUCAUACCAUACCUGGGUCUGAAUUAUUAACCCAGUAUGUUCUGAAUAAUUGCACAUUCCUGCUUAACGGCUGUUAACUUCUUUUAAUGGAGGGGUGAAGGUGUCUUUUUUGUGCAGUAUUGAAGGGAGACCAGCUGUAUUACCUUCAUUCAAUUAUUAUAAUAACGAAGAAUAUAAUGUAUACUAACUAAAUCAAAUUGGACAAAGUAAAAAGAUACAGUUGCUACCCUUUUCCCCACUAGAGUAAAUGCAGCACCUCCACAUCUGAAGUUGGGAAGGUACUUUCUCUGAAAUGGAUGGAUCCGAUUCCGAGGACAUCAGUCCAGCUUUAGAGGUCACAGAAGACUUUUUUCACUGUUUCAACUACACAAUAGACAAUCCACAGAAACAUGAGGAUUAUGACUUGCAGGAGGUGCCAGAAUUUUUUGGCCAACAAGGUGUCCAGACCAAAGGAGGAGACUCUCAGGCAGCAGUUUUCACAAGAGACUCCUUCCAAGGUCCGUGUGCUAAAAGGAACUUUCUGAAUAAGGACGAACUGCACUUACAGGACGUGUCUACCAACCAUCUUGAAUGGGCCGAGAAAAAGGAGGUGCCUUCAUUCAACCUGUUUAGUAUGUGUCAGGGUAAAAGAAGCAGGGCUCGAUCGACCAAUGACCUGGCUGCUCACACAAAAGACCCUUCAGCCUUUCGAACAGGUCACAGCCGCUCGAGAUCAGAUGCAAAUUAUAAGGCUUUUAUUGAUAAUGGAGUUCAUCAAGAUAAGAAUAUCGCUGUCGUUACUGACCAAGAGAACAAAGAAGGUACAAAGAAUGUCUUUUCUCAUAUUCUCAAGAAAGGGUACAUGGAGAAAAGAGACGGUCAAAGUGGCCGCUGGAGCAAUUGUUACAUUGAGCUUUCGCCUUGUGAACUGCGCCUCUAUAGUUUGGAUAUGAGCGGAAACCAGCAGCUCUGCACAGUCUACUCCCUUUCUCACUGCCACAGCAUCAGCACUAUGGACAACCAGGACACUAAAAUUGUAGAUGCGAUAUUUUUCAACAACACUCAGCUUCAGCUCCGUGCUCAGACAAAGUGGGACGCUCUUGACUGGGAAAGGCAUCUAUGGGAGAGGGUCCAAGCAGUUCGGCCUGUCCAGGAAAAAGAGUUAUCAAAACCUCAGCUCUCAAAACCAUUAAACCGGCCCACAGCGUUGCCUUUAUUCACAAAGCAUUGCCAGGACGUGCUGAAAGCAGGAGUGCUUUUUCAGCUGACUGAUCAAAACAACUGGAAGUCGUUCACGUUUGUUCUAAGCAAGAGCCUCUUCAUGGCUUUUCCCACAGGUGGGAGAGGACCAGUAUCAGACCCUGUACUUAAAUACAAUAUCGGCUCUUGUGUGACAGUUCAGCAAGAUAAAACAGACAAGAGUAAUCUAUGUUUUCAGGUUAUUUUUCCCCAGGAAUGUCUUUGGCUUAGGGCAGAAAGUGAGAAGAAAGCUCAGGACUGGAUCGAAACUGUUAAGAUGGCUGCCGAGUCACAGAAAACAACUGUUCAGCCAUCACAGGUAAUCCUUCGUGGAAAACCCUCCAAAGAGCGGCGCAUCAAAGAUUCACAAAGGAGCAAAAGGCAGUCUGUAACUACCAGUUUCCUUGGGAUCAUGACGACCCUCGCUGUCGAGAAGGGGCUAACAGCCCAGGGCUUCAGGUGUGCAGGUUGCCAAAGGCCUGUGGGUCUUUCUCAUGGACGGGCCAAAGUGUGCUACUACAGUGGGUGGUACUACUGCCAGAAUUGCCAUGAAGAUAAUGUCUUUUUGAUUCCAGCAAGACUCAUUCAUAAUUGGGACACCAGUAAGCACAAGGUUUCAAAACAAGCCAAGGAGUUCUUGGAGUUUGUGUAUGAGGAGCCACUGAUUGAUAUUCAUCUUGAAAAUCCAUGCCUCUAUGAUCACGUGGACAUGCUGGCAGCUGUUCUACGGUUAAGACAGCAGCUUAAAUCGCUCAGAGCAUACCUGUUCAGCUGUCGGGCCACCGUGGCAGAAGAUCUUCGUAGAAGAAUCUUUCCCAGGGAAUAUCUUCUCCAGCACAUUCACUUAUACUCUCUAUCAGACCUUCAGCAGGUUAUCGAUGGAAAACUCGCUCCAUUUCUUUCAAAAGUUAUAAAGUUUGCAAGCUCUCAUGUCUACAGCUGCAGCUUGUGCAGUCAGAAGGGAUUCAUUUGUGAGAUCUGUCAGAAUGCACAAAUUAUUUAUCCAUUUCAGGACUCGGCAACCAAACGCUGCGAUGGAUGUGGAGCAGUUUUCCAUGCACAGUGUAAAUCGAAAUCCCAGCCAUGUCCUAGAUGUGUGCGAAGGGAACUGCACAAGAAGCCUCAGUCUUUCUGGAAGAAGCUGAAUCUCGAAGAGGGGGCUGAAGAUUCCUACAGUUUCUUUGAACUGCCGUUUCAGAACACCUGAAAUUUUGCAUUUUCACCUGUUCUCCCAAGUUGAAUAUGACAGACACAAUGAGCUGCUUGAAUUGGUCCUUUAUGCCAGAUAUAGUUGGGUGGUGGUAGUGCGUAUGUAUGAGUGCAUGAAGUUAAGAUUGCAUUAGGAUCAGACUCCAGUUAUCUGACAUGGUGAUGUCUUCAGGUUUUACGAAUAGAGAUUUAAUUAACUGAUUGCACAGCUCCAGAUAUUCUUUGCUGAUGCCUUUUAGAUUGUUAAGUCAUCUCAAUUUUUGCGCUAACUAGAUUUAACACAUUGAAACAAGACUGAUGUAUGGAAUCAGAUCUGAACCGACCUUAUUUUUGUUCUGUAUGGCACACCUUUAGCUCUUGAUAGAUAACCAAAGAGGAUUUCCAUGGUUGUCCUUCCUAAUAUGCACCUUAGAAAGAGAUGUAGAAGUACUGUGUUAAUCGUCCCUUUAUGCUCUGAGGUAGCCUCACUAGCCCCUGUGUCAGCUUAUCACCUACAGCUUAAUGUUUUACUAUGCACAGUCACUGAACCGCCAGUUCACUUACCAUUAUAGUACGAAGAUACCACAUGCUUCUUAAUUUAACAUUAUAUGCUUUAUAUAUAUAAUAUGGGUUUUUCGCUCUCAUUUUGAGAACUGGUAUUUAAUAUCUUGUUCAUGCCAUUUGUAAAUUACCUUGAAAAUCAUUCUCAUAUUCAGCACACAACAGUACAAUUCUGUCCAAAUUCUUUAAUAAAAACUUCUUUGUUACUGUAAACAUUGCACACUAUCUUUUUACCCAACAUGUAUAUAUAGUAUUGCUGAAAUACAAUUACCCACUUGUCCUUACAGCCAACAGUAAGAGUUCAUCAAGCCAAACAGUAAAAUGGAGGCCACUUAUGUUUAACAUGAGGAAUACAAUAGGGAGAGGUUGAAGGAGGGGCUCUACAUAAGGAAUAAUGUUUCUUACACAGCACCAUCUUAUGUGAUAGAAACCUUUGGUGAACUGCUGUUCAUGGAUCCAAUAUUUGUUUUUGUCUCCUUCAGAGAGUGAGAUGGUGUAUAAUAAAUAACAGUUGUAUUUGUAUUUUUUUCCUGGUAAUACACACCUUUCUUCCAGAACAUUAUGGUGCCUCUCUGUGUUGUGGCCCUCGUCCAUGAAUGUUUCCAAUGAACAUGAAAUUCUUGUGUUUAAAAUCGUCAGUGCAACUUACAUAUACCACUUAUAAUGUACUAAGAAAAGUCAAUUGCAUUUUAUUCUGUAGGUAAACCUGGAUAUUAACCAGCAGGUGAAAACUGAAACUCCGCUCUUUCUGUUCUUCCCUGGAACAAACUCAAGUCUGCACAGGAGAUUUUCUGCCUCUAUGCAUUUGUAUAAAUGGGGAAUUCUUAUCAUAAAAGAGACAAUUGUGCAAGAGUAAAUAAAGGUGAGGUAAAUAGUGUGACUGUGUGUAGGCCCCAGUGCUGAUCGAAUAACCUCUUACGCUGGAAAAUGUGUCACCUGGCUUUAGAUUAUGCCAUUGUGAAUCGGAGCUACUUGAAAAUUGAGGCAAUAAAGUGUUUGUUUUGCAUUAUA